AUGGUUGUGGUGUUAGAGGUGGACAUGGUAAUAACGGUGAUAAUGAUGCCGAUGGUGGUGAUAAUAGUGGUUAUUGUGUGUGGUGAUGAUGGUUGUGGUGUUAGAGAUGGACAUGGUAAUAACGGUGAUAAUGAUGUGGUGGUGGAGGUUGCGGAAAACGUCAUAGUGGUGGUGGUGAUGCUGGUGUUUUCAAUAUUUCGUUUUUUUAUGGUUGGCAAGGUGGACAAAGUCUGCGCUGCGCUUAGCGACCACCUUCAGACAUACACCGCUCUGCACGUGUACCUGUACCAGUUCAUUCUCAUCUUCAUACUUCCGGUUACACUGGUCCUCGUCUGUAAUGUACUGGUCCUCGUCAGAAUAUACCGCGUCCGGAACAUGCGCAACACAGACGACUCGUCUUUACCCCGAGCGCGGAACGUGGUGAACAGUCGUCACAAGACGACGCUGAUGCUUCUGACGAUUUCCUUCAUCUACGUCAUCACCCUCCUCCCGUCUCUCGUGGUCUCCAUCGUGGCCUACGCUACCAUAGCAACGACGACGUUACGCGACGCCGGUCUACUUCUGGUUCGGGUGUCUCCGUACAAAGACGUGUGCGAGCUGGUGUCGGACUUGAACUACGGGUGCAAUUUCUUUAUCUACAUCCUGUCCGGGAAGCUGUUCCGGUUCGAGUUGAAGAAGAUGUUCACGUGGGACAGGAGUACGGGCAUCACAACGACGAAGGUCAGGGACGAUAUCGUGCCGCUAUGA